AUGGUGCGAACUGCAAAGAGUCGAAUACUCGAUGCAUCAUUUGUGAUGGCCACUCUGACAUUCACGUUGCUGCUGCUCAUCGAUCAAGUGUCUUCUAAGCUAUGCGAUGAAGGACACACGGUAGUACUACUGAUAGCCAUAGUUAUGAUCGCAUUAUACGGCUUAUGGCUGUGGAGACAUCGUAUGGACAUAACAGAUGACUGGUUCUCGGAAAGAACGUCCCCAGAACCGUGGUGUCCGCCUCCUCAUUAUAGCCAAUGUAGUUCCUUUGUUCAGGCACUACCACCACCAUACAAUGAGGUAACUGCAAAACCAGAUCUUUAUCCCUUAGUAAUUGGUUGCGAUGAUAGUUCGGGCAAAGGUACUUCUAGUUUUGUAAUGCACUAUGUCAGAUCAUUGCCGCAUUCAAGCACAUUGGAUUCAUUGAGCUCCAGUUUUAUGUGUAAUAUGGUAAACGAAGCAAAUACUAUUAUUCCGCCACCAUACUCUUGUAACAACAGCGUCGAUGAAUUAUCAGCAGUAGAGUGUGAAAGAAGAGAAACUAGUGAUAUUGGUUCCAUUGUCUCCUUGACGAAUCAUAGAACGACCUCUGACAUAUCAAGUCUUGGUGCUCAAUCACCUUGUUCUCCACCGAGAGCUACUAGUCCAACAAUAGAAUUACGGGAAUUAUUGGACAAGAUACAACAACUUCCUCAUUUAUCUAGUGGACAUUCCACUACCAUGCAUUGUCAGCAGAAUCAAGCCCCGGUCUUAUAUACAACAAGUAGCGAUGCUACUACGCAACAACGGCCUUUAAGUCCCAACCACGUUAGUUCAUUCAAAGUUAGAAGAACCAGGGGCAAGCUAUACAUGCCGUUGGGAUUGCCGAAUUCGCAAAGCAAAACAAAGCGAUGGUUAUCGCGCUCCGCACCGACAACACCUUCGGGUACAAUGCCAAUGUCCUUCUUGCCAGGACAGAGCAGAAGGCCUUCAGAAACCGGCAACAACAAUCAACAAGCGGUGCCACUACUUUACGAGCAAGACGAAAACGAAAUCAACAACGCAGAUCAACCAUCGAAUGUUUCAACGCUCGCUGAAUAACAAGAAGACAAUUAA